AUGAAAACAAGACAAAGUUAUUAUACCAUCAAACUACAUACUGAAAUGUGUUUACGGACCAAUUAUGUUUUCAAACAUCGUUAUAUACUGAUGUUUUUAAUACUUGUUAUUUUAUAUUGCGCAUUUUCAAUUCUAUUCAUCAAGUACACAGUCUUUACCAGCCUUCAACCAUUGCUUAAACUUGUUAAAAGAAUGAGUAAUGUAGAUAAAAACAAGACCAUAUGCCCUGUGCUAGCUAUAAAUAAAAAAUACGUUAUUACUGCAGAUGACAACUUGUGCGUGCCACGUCAACCCUCUGAAUCUGGAUGUGACGUAGCAGCGCGGAUAUUCAAGUAUAAUGCUAGCAGAAGCUGCGAUGUAAGUUCAGGAGUACGUAUAUGCUGGUUUGAAAACAAUGCGCUACGCUGCUCUGGAAAAACUUGUGGUAAACUCUACAAUGAUAACAUAACUGUUUUUAUGUUUAACUACUCGACUGGUUCAGUUCAAACGUUUGCAACUAAUUUUACGGCGGACGAAGAUAUUACCAGUUUUGUAUCUACUUAUGUACAAAGAACUAUAAAGAAUGGCUUUCACUUUCUGUUUGUAAGUUGUGCAGGUCAAGAAAAUAAAACACAACUACUUGUUCUGGAUGAACACUUCCCGUCGAAGACUUCCCAUCCAAGAAAAAAUCAAAAAGUCGACAAAUCUUUGAAUAAUUGUUUAAAUAUAAAUGUCGUAUUUUUCGACUCGAUCUCAAGGGGACAUUUUUAUCGCUCGUUGCAGAAAACUAUAAACUCUUUUAAUGAAAUAAAUUCCGUCGGAGAUGCUGAAGUUCUUGACUUCGAACUUUUUCAAGCUUUGUAUGGUCACACUGUCCCCAAUAUACGAGCUUUAUACUUGGGAAAAUCGCUUUCAAACAAUAUGAGCAAACCUGAAAUUGAAAACGUGCCUGUGGUUGCCAAUGAUUUUCACAAACAUUUCAAAAGAUUGGGUUACAAAACCUUAUAUCAGGAGGAUCUUUGUUGGAGAUCACCAUGGGGUCUUCGAUUCGACCUUGGUUCUCACGCAAAUACAGCUUGGAGUGAAUUUUACAAGGCAUUGAAUGAGUCAUAUAUCGACGAAACAGGUCUUACAUUCGCAUCCUGCAAGGUACUGGAGUUGUUUAAGUUACGACACAUCUUCAACACAGACGAAAAUGAAAAUAUUUGUUAUAACGGCAAGCAACAGGACUCCUAUUUUCUGGAUUACAUCGCCAACAAGUAUCGAUCUUUGUCAUCCACAGAUGCACACGCUUUAUUCUCGUACACAGCAUUACAUAUUGCGCAUGAUUCAGGUGGCGUUCGCAUUCAAACGAUUGAUCAAGACUUGGCAAAGUUUGUGUCUUUGAUGUCACGAAUGGACAAUACAUUGACUGUCAUUCUAGCAGAUCACGGAAAUACGUACACAGAUUAUGUAUAUACCAACAUCGAAGGUCGUUAUGAAAUGUUUCAUCCAUCUUUGUUCAUGGUUGUACCAAAAGGCGUGCAACAAUAUAUUGGUGAUGAUGUGAUGACGUCAUUAAGGUUAAACCAAAAGCGACUUCUUACUAUGAUUGAUAUUCAUCACACUCUGUAUGCUUUAACUGAUAAGAACUACCAGAAAAAAGGUUUAUUAAGAGAAAUCUCAGCAAAAAGAAAUUGCUCGCAGUUACCAUUGAUUCAACCAAAUUUAUGUCUGUGUAAAAAAUGGCGCCACCCAGUUCAAGAUUUGAAAGACAUUUUAGGACAGCUCGAGUUUGCUGUUGGAAAACUGAACAAUAUGAUCACAAAUUACUCAACGCAUGACCAAUGUAAACGUUUGGUACCGAUACAUGUUGAAAACGCCUAUCAACAGAUGCACGACAGCCAGCUGAUCACCACUUUUGAUGUUCAUACUGAACCUGGCAUCAAUUCUAAAAAUAAACAUGACGUCUUUAACGUGCAGGUGUCAUCUCAAACAAUCUCAGAGCUAAAUAGUUUUCAUAUGAAAUUGCUAGCAUGGGAUAGAGUCUCUCAAUAUGGGGUUUAUAAAACAUGUAAUGAUAUGAAGUCAUUUAACAUGUUAUGCGUAUGUGAUCUUCCUGUGGAUAUUGAGAACGAAACUUUCUUGAAUGCUGAGAAUAGAACAAAUAUUUUUUACGAAAGUCGUACAUCGCUUGGGUACACCAUGGCUCAUUAUCAUGAAACUAUUAUAGCUAUAUAUAAAGAAAGAGUAUCGUUACUCACAAGAAUCUAUAAAUACAAAGAGGAUCCUACCGAUGAAGAACAUCUAAUCGUGUCAGCCUCAUUUGAAGUAUUGAACGUUCCUUCUGUCAACAAUUCCAACUCCUUCUACAUAUCUUUAAACUUCACACGUUUAGAAAACAUGAAAUUUGCAUCUGCUGGAAAAUGUGAAGGGGUUGUGCCAGCAAAUAAAGUAAUUUAUAUAUGUUCAGUUGUCAGUACUUGGUCCCUUACCGAUGCAGACUACAGAGUGGUUCUUAGCUUCAGAAUGGUUUGAGUGAUGUUUUAAGAUGCAGUGUUUUAGAUGUACAUUUUGCUACCAGAAAUGUAUGUCUUGGCUGUAAAGUGGAGUCACAACAGCCUGAUUAUAGUUUGUUUACUUUAAAUCUUAAAAUCCUGAGAAGCAGAUAUAUAAAAAGUUUCCCUUUUCGUAAAAGUUGUGUGCAUUGACUUUUAUUGUUUUCGUGUGGUUGGUUGAAUUAAAGAAUAAGUUGUUCGUCUGCAUAAAUCUCUAUGGAAUGCCGAAAAAUUGAACACCAAUCAAAUGCUAUGUUGUUUUUAUCAUUUUCCUCUUUCUGUGGUUUAUUGCGAAUUUUGUUUUCGUACGAAUUGUUGAAUUGCUAAAUAUAAAAAUAAGUUCAUAGCCCAACACCAUAGCCAAUGAAAUUCCUUUUUGCAAUAUUAUAACAACACCUGCACAUAAGUCAUCAACACAUCAGUUCAAAAACACCAACUGAAGAAGUUGAUUAGUUAUAAUCAGCAAUAUUAUGUUGAUUAAUUUUUUUCCAAAUGCGCGCUUUUCAAUAUUUUUCUGGACAGAUUGUCAGAACAUCCUUACAAGCAAUAGUGUGCACACAUUUCUUUAUGUACAAAUUUUCAUGCAUCAACUUAUUUCACAUAUCCACAGAAGACAGACUUAAGAUUUUUACAAAAUUCUAUUUUUGCUGAUCUCAGCAUAUCCCUUCCGCCAAUUGUUCAGUGCUUUAAAGACCAAGCUAUUAAUGGCGCUCUGUAGCCUACUAGUUGCAGGGCAAUAGUCUACUACUACCAUAGUCACUCAAAAAAGUGUUUUUUCGAGUGAUCAUACUGCUAUUUGUCAUUUUUGAAAGUAAGAUCACUUCACAGUUAAAACUUGUUUAAAAAUGUGUACAAAAAGGGAUCGUCGCUCAUUU